AUGAUUCCGAGAUCAGUGGGGAAAUCGACCUCUACACUGCAGGCCCACCCUGGUUUGCAGAAUGGCUUGCAGGAUAAACGUGCUGAUGUGCUGCUGCGUGUUCUGCAAACGAUUAAGACCAUUCAGCCCCUGACAUUUGCCUUGGAGAAUGUCAAACCAUUAGCGCGGCACAAGAAGUUCAAGCUCCUCUUUGAUUUCAUUUUGGCUUUCCUACGUUCCAUCGAAGAUGCAAAUGGCGAGAAAGUGUACCAAGUGGAAUGCAAGGCGGACCCUUCCAUGAAAUGGCAGUGGCCAGCCCGCAUCCCUUGCAGGAGCGUGUCCAGUUUGCUGGACUGCACAGAUGUCUCUGACUUACACCACGGCGUGACCACGGAGAAAGGCAAAGCAAGGGUCCAGCAGCACCUGGUGUCAGUCGCCAAAAUGAUCCAGGAUUCCAUUCUGAAGUGUUCUGCCACGAAGGCGUCACAGGAUGCUGUGUGGUGCGCCGAUGUGGGGUGCAGCUUGAAGCGUGGCGCGACAGCCCUGCCUGAAAAGUCACCGACGUUGACGCACAGUCGGUGCAAGUCUGGAGGUCACAUGUUGCUACCCACGCAGCGGUACAUGACUUUGAAUGAAAUUGAAGAACUUCAGGGGUUUCCAGGACGACAUUUACGGAUCCCUACCGGAGUCAGCAAGAAGAAGUAUGCAGGCAUGCUUGGCAACGUUUUCACUGUCAGUGUGAUUGGCAGGGUUGCGUUGAUUUUGCUGAAAAUGGUCGGCAAGGUGCCCCCCGAACAUUUUGACCCAUGGGCAAUGCCGAGCAUGAAGCAUGACUUUGUCGACUACAGCCGCUUCAGUGGAAUGAAGCGCCGCUGCGUGAGGAGAGAUGGCCACACAGACUCAUAG